AUAGAGGUGGGCGCUUUCGAAAUACUGCAUGUCCUUUCCAGUAGCAGAGAAUCGACCUUGCACCUCUGUCGAGAACGUGACGGUUUGAAGCUAUAUGCUAUCAAAAUUAUCAACAAAAACCGAAUAUCUGUGUCUGGCCGGUCCAAAAACAUUUGCUACGAACAGAAUAUACUGAAGAAGAUAGAAGAACUUGAACAUCCUUUUCUCCCCCCGUUGUACUGGAAUUUUCAGGAUGAAGUAUCCGUAUACUUCGUCACGGACUUCUACUCCGGAGGAAACCUCUAUGAGAAACUCACACAGGAUGGUCCUUUUGACUGCGAUCGUGCCCACUUUUAUGCUUGCGAGUUGGUCGCAGGUAUGGCCGCCCUUCAUGGUGCCGGGAUAAUCCACCGAGAUCUAAAGCCCGAAAACAUAAUGAUUGAUAUCUAUGGGCACAUAGUCAUAACGGGAUUUAGUUGCGCCAUGAUGCCUACACCAUGUGGCGCUCCAUGCAGUGGAGACAUUCCAGAAUUUGGUGCAAGAGGUUAUCAGGCUCCCGAAUUAUUCCUUGGUUGGAUGCAUGAUUUUAGUGUCGACUGCUGGUCUUUUGGUGCAAUUCUCUAUACGAUGCUAUACGCUAGCCACCCGUUCGUAGCUGAGAACGACUACCACAAUAAUGCUCUAUUGCAAACCAAGGUUGUCCACUGUUCCCUUUCGUUUCCCGUCUUGAAGAAUGCCCACAUUGGUUGGGUCGCACGCGAUUUAAUCACAAAGUGUCUGGAGCGCAACCCCGCAAUCCGGCUUAAAACAAGUGACAUCAAAUCACACAAUUACUUUUGCACCGUGUAA